UGUGCGAUUUUUUUAGGAAGUAUAAAAGAUAUAAGCAGGUAAGUUUAAGAAAACAAUAAUAAGAAGAUCCUUGGCGGAUCAUUUCAGUGUGGUGAUAUGGUGCAAAGAUGUCCGUGAUAAAAAGUUUUUCCGUUUUUAUCACAAUUUCCGUUGCUUUGCUGCGAAAUGGAUGUAGUGGUGCGCCUAAUCCAUGUCCACAGUUUCUACCUGUGGCAGUACAACUGGAUCAGCCUUACGAAAGGUCCGGUCCUUACAAUUUAAAGACUCUGGUGCGAGUGAAGAAUGAUAAUGAGGCAUCAAAACCCCACGAAAGCAAUUUGGUGUUUCCAAAUGAUUUGGAAAUUCCGACUGUAACUACGAAACAAGGGGAUGAUUUACCACUUCAACCAAAUACGAAGCAACCAAACAGACAGCAAUCCGAAAAUGUGCCUCAAAAUUCAGAAAAGUCCAAAUCGCCUCAGCUUUUGGAAUUAUCCACUCUUAAAUCCGAUGUUAAAAAUUUAACUCCCAAGAAGCGGCGAAGGAGCAGACCAAAAGAUUCAACGAAAGUAAUUCUCAACAAGAAUUCGAUUUGGGCCCUGAGAACUAUCAACGACAAACCAGCUGAAGAAGUGUUACGCACCGACAAAGCAUCCAUUGCAAGAGAUCUGAAGGAUUCAACGGAAAGUGCUUUGGUAGCAGUUAAACAGCUUGAUCAGCAAAUGUAACACUUAAGAGCUGCUUAAUAAACUAUUUUUGCUUUAAACCUUCUCCGCUAUAAUCAGCGAGUCUGCAACUAUUUAUUUAAAAAUUAUAUGUAGGUUAAGAAAAUUAUGCGAUUCUUUCAGCGCUUAAUAGUGUUCAAAUCUUACUUCUGUAUCCUUACUUGAGGCAUUUCAGUAAUUUACGUUGUCUGUUUUUGUACGCUUUUUAGAUGCAAUUAAACGUUAGUUGAUGCUCUA